AUGGGCCUAGCAACAGCAACCGUCCUCCUCGCCCGCGGCGCACACCUAGGAAUAUGCGAUGAAAAAGACGACGGACUCACAACCUUCGCCAACACCCUCAACGAAGAACAACAACGCAGAGUAAUCACCCAAACAGUCAACAUCACAAACCGACCAUCCGUAUCAUCAUUCAUAAAGUAUAGAAAUGACUUCUUCGGCCGAAUCGACGGUAGUGCCAACGUCGCCGGAACAGCAGGCCACAAAUUAGGCCAUGGAGAAAUCUGGAAAAUUGAUUAG